UUGCAAAAAGAGGAAAGCUCUUAGGAUACAUGACCAUAUCUUUUAAAAUAUUCGAUUGAAAAUGUUUCCUUUGUAAACUUCAUUCUCUCUGACGUAGCGCUAACAGAAAGUCAAAAUGGUUCAAUCUGCCUCUGCAACCAAUGUUGGGUCUUCAGGAAGGUCUCCAGGGAAGGCAUCGAGCCCAAAAGGUGGUAGUGGUUCUACAGUAAGAUCACGAAAGGGAACCAGUUCUUCAACAACAACUAGGCGUGCUGCUGGCGCUGGUGGGCCACAAAAUAUGUGGAGAUUUUACACUGAGGACUCUCCAGGAAUUAAAGUGGGCCCAGUUCCAGUUUUGGUGAUGAGCUUAUUAUUUAUCGCAUCAGUUUUUAUGCUUCAUAUCUGGGGUAAAUACACUCGAUCAUAACCAAAUCGAAAAAAGUUUCUGGAAAUACCAAAUUAAAUGACAGACUAUAGCUUUUUUAAUUGAAUAAUGUAUAAUAUUUUGUUGGUGCGCAAUAUACGUACGGAUAAAAUGUAUGGAUGGUUUUAUAUUUAUUUAUAAAAAAUUUAACAAGAUGAUAAA